CUUAAGAAAUACUACAACUACUGUACAGAGUUCAUAUCAAUCUCAUCAUAUUAUAUAGAGCACCAACUUAUCUUCAAAACUCAUUCAUAACUAAAAUCCUUCCAUUCCUUCCUUCCACAAACCCUAUCCUAUUACCAGACAAACCUCAUUUUCAGGCUUUUUCUGUUACUCUGCACCAUACCACUUCACUCAUCACAAUUCACAAACCCAUAGAGAAAGGAAAAGCUUUUUUUUUUUUUUUUUUAUCUGGGUCACCCUACACAACCUUGCUGAAUGGAAAACUGUGUCUUCCACCACCACCACCACCACCUUAGGAGCAUGAUCACUCUUCCACAACCAUCUUCACUGAAACCGAACUUGAGAGUGUGCCCCAAAGUUAUGAGGGUGAGAGCGAGCGCGGGAAGGAGGCACUGCGAGUUCAGCAGCCAGAACGCGCCCCUUGAGCCACGGUCCCUGGCGGGGAAGUUUCUGAGCGGCGUGUUGCAGAACCGCCGCCAGCUGUUCCACGUGCUUGCCAAGGAAGAGUUGAAGAUGCUGAGUGAUGACAGAGACUCUGCUAUUGCUCGCAUGCGUCUCAGUCACCACUCUGAUGAAGCCUUGCUUCACAGGAGGAUUGCACAAGUGAAAGAGAAUGAGUCUAUGAUUGCUAUAGAAGAUGUUAUGUAUUUGCUGAUUUUAUACAAGUUUUCCGAGAUCAGGGUUCAUUUGGUUCCAAAGCUUUCUAGUUGCAUAUACAAUGGAAGGCUAGAAAUAUUGCCCUCUAAGGACUGGGAUCUAGAGUCUAUUCACAGCAUGGAGGUUUUGGAUAUCAUAAGGAAACACGUCAGUACCGUGACAGGUUUGAGAUCAAAUCCUAGUGUAAGGGAGAGUUGGGAAACGACUCCUAUUCGACAAUUCUGGCUUGCCCGAGUCUAUGUCGCCUCCAUAUUAUAUGGCUACUUUUUGAAGUCAGUUUCAUUGAGGUACAACCUAGAGCGAAGUCUGUCUUUGUCUGACCAUGAUCUUCAUCAUGGUCACAAGACCGGCCCUUCAUUUCAGGACAUGUAUCGUUCUGGGCCAAAAGAUGUGAUGCUUGGCAACAAGAGUGACAUACGAUCUGUAUGGCAUGGUUUAAUCGGGCAGGAAGAGGAAAUCGAGGAUUUAACAUGUUAUGUUACGGGCUUUCACCCUGGAUCAUUUGAGAGAUGUGCCAAACUGAGAUCCAAGGAAGCUGUGCAUUUGGUAGAGAGUCAUAGUAAUGCACUUUUUGGAGAUGGGAAAUCUGGUUUGUCUCAGCAUGAUGAUGUUAUUGUAACUUCAUUUUCUAGUCUGAGGAGGCUAGUCUUGGAAGCUGUUGCUUUUGGAUCUUUCCUGUGGGAGACAGAAGAUUACAUUGACAAUGUAUAUAAGCUUAAAGAUCAAGUGGUUGAGUGAAGGAACAUGUUGGUAAAUGAAUUUCCACACUGUUGGGCUAAUUCUCAUUGUAUAUAAAGUUAGUUAGAUUUAGGCUAAUUUUAUUUUGUAUAGGAUGCAUUACCUCUAAAUAAUGUAGGUUGGUUAGCUAAGAAAGAAUGGAGAUAGAGAUUUUACAUAGUGACAAAGAAUGUCCUUAUGAAAAAAUAUUUUACUUGUUCAUUUGCACAUAAUUCCAAUUAUGUUUGAACUUGUUCAGUUAAAUAUGAAUACUAUUUCUUUAACUAUA